AUGGAUCAAAAUCUCGCAGUGCACUUAAAUAAUAAUAACAAUGGUAACGACGACGGUAAUCAUUGUAUAGAAAUGGGUAAUCAACAAUAUGAAAAACUAAAUGCUGAAAAAAAAGUAAUAGUUGAUAAAAUUCUUGAAACAUCACGAUCUAAUGAUUAUACUGGUUCAACUUGUUCCUAUAUAGACGGACAAGGUGGAUCUGGUAAAACAUUCGUUUACACCACAAUUUACAAUCUUUUAAUGUCAGAGAACAUGAAAUGUUCCACAAUGGCUUUUACAGGUAUUGCUACUACAUUGCUACCUAAUGGAAGAACUGUACAUAAAACUUUUGGCUUGCCAGUUCCUACGUUUAAUAAUUCAUCUUCAAAUAUUAAAAUACAAUCUGAUGAAGGCAUGCUUUUAAAAAAUACUAAAGUGUUCAUUUGGAAUGAAGCACCAAUGGCCCCAAGAUGUGGUUUAGAAAUCGUAAAUAGAAGUUUCAAAUAUAUUAUGAAUAAUGAUCUGCCAUUUGGUGGCAAAAUAAUGGUUCUAGGUGGUGAUUUUAGACAGCUUCUUCCCAUUUCAGUUAAUGGAACACGUAAUGAAAUAUUUAAUUUAUCUUUGAAAAAUAGUCACUUAUUGCCACUAUUUGAAAAAUUUCAUUUAAAAUCAAACAUGCGAGUUUUACAAAAUGAACUUGAAUUUGCUAACUAUUUGUUACAUGUUGGUAAUGGAACAUUAAAUCAUCAAAGUAAUAAUUUACAGAUUCCACAAUACUGCAUAUUAUCUGAAAAUGAAUGUAUUGUUCAAAACAUUUUUGGCAAUUUAAUUUGGCAAUCGAAUUACAUUAUAUUGUGA